AUGUCGCCGACAAAAGGUCUCGUUCUCGUCACGGGCGCAAAUGGCUUCAUCGGCGCACGUACCGUUGAAGCUUUCCUUGCCGCCAACUAUUCUGUCCGCGCUGCAGUACGAAGUCAAUCCUCAGCUUCCAGCCUCCUCUCAGCACUCCCCUCAUACGCUUCCUCCGGCCAACUCACGAGAAUUCUGGUCCCCGAUCUAAUGGCUAGGGGAGCUUUUGAUGAAGCUGUCAGAAAUACUACGGCAAUAGCUCAUGUCGCGGCGCCAGUUGACUUCAGCAACACCAAUAUCGACUACGUCAUCGGUUCUUCGCUGCAGGGGACUCUCGGGAUUUUGGAGUCCGCUGCCAAAGAGCCUGCCGUCAAGUCGUUUGUGUAUGUGUCCUCUAUCGUGGCUGUCAGAGGGUGCAAGCCUAAGUACCCAGAGAAAGGUUACACGGAAGAAGACUGGAAUGACCAAAUUGAGGAUGCGAUCGCCAAGGCUGGCUCAGAAGUGACAGGCCACCAAAUCUACGUUGCGAGCAAGGUCAAAGCAGAGCGCGCAUUCUGGGAAUUUCGGCAAAAGAACCGAGAUCGCAUCAAUUUUACAAUGACAGCUGUCAAUCCGGUCUGGGUGGCUGGACCGCCGCUGAUUCUGCCUGAUGACCCAGAGAAGUUAAGUGAGACCGCCAUCGUUCCUUAUCGCAUCAUGAACGGGGAGAACAUGUCAUCUGCUGGACCUGGUAAUGGAACACAUGUUGACGUGCGCGAUGUUGCACGGCUCAUGGUGUUUGCAGUUGACAAGAAAGAAGUGGCCGAUGGACAGCGGUACAUUGCUGGAGGGAAUGGCAACUUUGGAAACAUCCAGGCUUAUCGCGAUUUGUUGCGAGAGGCUUAUCCACAUAGACAAGGAAUUAUUGGGAAGGGCGAACCAGGAAAGGGAUAUCUGAAAGACUAUAGCAUUCCCAAUGGUGGUUUCAAGGUCGAUGCUACUAAGGCGGUUGAAGCAACAGGACAGGGUUGGAUCCCUUUUGACCAGAUGGUCCUGGAAUCUGCAAAGGCAUACGAACGGUACUUCUGA